UUUGCUUAUUAAACAAUAGAUGGUGCUCACAUGCCUAUGAAAAAGAACAGGAACUUUUUGAUAUUUUUAUUUUUAAAUGAUGCCAAUGCCACCACUCGCUAAUGUUAUUUCUGUGUGUUUGUUAAUGUGGGUUGUUGCUGUUGUUUGAUUGACACAUGAAAUGUUAUAUUUAAUUUUAGUAUAUUGAUUUUAUUGUGAAUUUAUGAGCAGUAGUUAAUUUGUUAGUUUUUCUUACUGAUUAUGAAAUCUUUACUUCACCAUUUGGAAUAGGCCUAAUUCAUAAAAGUUCCUUUUUUUUUAACAGAAUGGAUUAUGGGCUGUUUCUUGCAAGGAACAGCUGAAAUAUGACAAUUAAAACUAUGUAGAAAUAUGCUGCUGCUGUGGGAACCCCUGGAGCCCCCAUGGAGAACCGUGUUAGAGUUGUGCCCCGUGGCACAGCCACUAGUCCGGAGUCAGCAAUGGCUUCAGAACUCUUUGACCAAUUUGUGUCUGCUGCAACUUUCAAAUCAGUGCUGGCCACUUACCGACAAUUAUGUGAACUCUUAAGGUUAAAGCCAACUAACAUUACAAACUUUUAUCCAAGGUUAAAAGCAAAACUCCAUUCCUGGAGGGCUGCUUCAUUAUGGGCCAAAUUAGAUAAGCGUGCAAGUCAUAAAUGUUAUAAUAGAGGAAAAUCAUGUCCUAACGCUAGAGUUCUUAUAAUAGGGGCUGGUCCUUGUGGCUUAAGAACAGCAAUAGAAGCUCAAUUAUUAGGAGCUAAAGUAGUUGUAGCAGAAAAAAGAGAUAGGUAUUCUAGAAAUAAUGUACUGCAUUUGUGGCCUUUUGUUAUUCAUGAUUUGAGAAACCUUGGUGCAAAAAAGUUCUUUGGAAAGUUUUGUGCAGGCUCAAUUGACCAUAUUAGUAUAAGACAACUGCAAAUUAUUCUUAUGAAAGUAGCUUUGCUGUUAGGAGUUGAGAUUCAUGAAAAUGUUGGAUUUGAAAGUUUAAUUGAACCACCUGAAGAUCAAAGUCAUGAACGUAUUGGUUGGCAUGCAAAUGUAUCGCCAUCUGAUCAUCCGAUAUCUCAGUAUGAAUUUGAUGUACUUAUAGGAGCUGAUGGCAAACGAAACACUCUUCUUGGAUUCAACCGCAAGGAAUUCCGAGGUAAAUUAGCCAUAGCUGUUACAGCCAAUUUCAUCAAUAGGCAUAGUCCAGAAGAAGCUAGAGUUCCAGAAAUAAGUGGUGUUGCUUUUAUUUUUAACCAAAAGUUCUUCCAAGAUAUGAGAGAACAGACUGCCAUUGACCUUGAAAAUAUUGUUUACUACAAAGAUGAUACUCAUUACUUUGUUAUGACAGCCAAAAAACAGAGCUUAUUAGAAAGAGGUGUCAUAAUUAAAGAUUUCAAUGAUACUGCAAGACUACUUGCUGCUGAGAAUGUAGACAGGGAAGCACUUAUGGAGUAUGCUAGAGAUGCAGCUGACUUUGCCACAAGUUAUCAGCUACCAAGUCUCGACUUUGCUGUUAACCAUUAUGGCCAGGCAGACGUCGCUAUGUUUGAUUUUACUUCCAUGUAUGCAGCAGAAAAUGCUUGCCGUGUUGUUGAGAGAAGAGGGCAUAAACUUUUACAAGGACUUGUUGGAGACAGUCUCCUAGAGCCAUUUUGGCCCACUGGAUCAGGAUGUGCUCGUGGCUUUUUAAGUUCAUUCGAUGCAGCCUGGAUGAUCCGCAGCUGGGCUUCUGGAAAGUUAUCGAAUCUUCAAGUGCUUGCUGAAAGGGAAUCUAUUUAUCGAUUGCUGGCACAAACCACACCAGAAAAUUUGAGUAAAGAUUCCAAUCAGUACACUCUGAAUCCUUCAUCUAGAUAUCCAAACUUAAACCUUCAUGCUGUGUUACCCUCUCAAGUGAGAUCUUUAUAUGACACUGAUGGUAAGAUAGAAGAAAACAUUUUAGAUGGUGUUGUUGAAGUUCCUAAAAAGAAAAGAAGAAAAGAAUCAAUGAUUCACCCAGAUACACUUUUGAAUUGGUGUAAGAAACAGGUAGCACUUAAUGAUAAAAUAAGAAUAGAAAAUUUUACAACCUCUUGGAAAGAUGGCUUAGCACUAUGUGCCGUUCUUCAUCACUACAGGCCUGAUCUUAUAAAUCUCUCUGACUUAGAUCCAGAAAAUGUAACUAAAAACAAUCAAUUGGCAUUUGAUGUUUGUGAACGAGAACUCGGAAUUCCACCAGUAAUGACUGGACAAGAAAUGGCUGAAUGUUCUGUUCCUGAUAAAUUGACAAUGGUAUCUUAUAUAUCGCAAGUUUAUGAAAGUUUUCGUGGGGAAAUUCCUGUUGUUUCUCUACCAAAGUCUAAUCUAAACGAAGAACGAACUAGUAGCCCUAGUAAACAAAUUCAUUCUACUCCGUUGACAAUUCUAAAUAAAGUAAGCAAUAGACUUCAAGGAAAAAGAAAAUAUUCUGUUGAAAAAGAAAUGGCCAAAGAGAGAGAUAAAGGAGAAAAUAUACGAAAAAAGAGCUCAUCACUCUUCGCUCAUAAAAGAAAAUCCAAAGAAAGGGCUUCGCUUGACAAAGCAAACCAGGAUAUAAUUCUUACUGACUACAAAAUGCUUUCUACUGGUAAACCUAGAGAGUCCAUCAAUACCCGGGCAAAAAAUUUAGAAGAGAAAAUGAAGAGAGAUGCUGGUUUACGUUGCGACAUGGCUGAGUUAGAAAGUGCAAAAGGAUUACAUCUGCGAUCUGAACAGUCUGAGUUAAGUGUAAAAAUGCUGCAACAGCAACUCCAAAAUAAUGGUAAUGCAGUAACUACUAAAAAGUCUAGAUCUCCAAAGGUUGGGAAAUUGCAAAAAGAUGAAUGGAUUAUGAAAGUUGUUGAUGAAAAGAUUAAACAACAAAACACCCGGCAUAAAACUUCACAUCCAGACAAGCCUGCUGUAUUCAAAGAAAUAUUUACUAAUAAGUUACACCAAAUGGAUGAAAAGUUAAAAGCUGGUGGAACUCUUACACCAGAAGAAGAAGCCAGAUAUAAAAAAUUUGAUGCCUCCUUAAACCGAUUAAAAGAUAGGUUAUCUAAAGGAAAUUUAAAUAGAGGAGAGCGAGGCCACAAUCAAACAGCAGCAAUGACUGAACACAUGACGACAAUUUGGAACAAGAAGUCUGGUGGGAGAAAAGAUCCGUUACCGCCUGCACCUGUUUCGAAAGGGAACGUUGAACCAGACACUCCAAGAGGUACUUCUGCAAGCGCUGUCUGUUAUUUUUGCAAAGAGCGUGUAUAUUUAAUGCAGCGUUUAAGUGCCGAAGGAUUAUUCUUCCAUCGUACAUGUUUCAAAUGUGAGUUUUGUGGGGCUGCUUUAAGGCUUGGAGAAUAUGCUUAUGAUAGUGAUGCCUUAUGUGGAGGGAAAUUCUAUUGCAUACCCCAUUUCCGAAUGCAAAAACAGGAUGUUAGAAGACAAGAAAUGAUGAAGAGAAAAGAAGCGUUUCUCUCUUGUGCGAUAGAGAAGCAGGAGAAAGAAAAGCUUUACCAAAUCUUGCUCGACAAUACUGAAAAAGCGCUGUCACCUGGUCGCCAGUCUGUCGACAACAAAGAUGCGCCUUCAGCAUCUCCAGAGGUAGUAGAAGAAAAACUUAAACCAGCUAUGAGUUUCUUAGAAGAACCCGAGAAUGCCAUUGGACGUGACCAAACCCCAGAAAGAGUGGAGUAUGAAAACAGCAUAUUAGAAUUCUCUGAAGAUGAUCUUUUAACUAGUGAGUUGGAGGAAGAAGAACUUACUCAAAAGAAUUUCGGUCCAUCGCAAGAUUUGGCUACCAGUGAAGAUGACUAUUCAGACUUGAGCACUGAUUCUGAAACAGAUGAAGAAGCAUUUGCAGAAGAAUUGGAGAGAUCAUUAACUGCUGAUGAAACUAGAAAAUUGGCUGAAACAUGGAAUAAAAAGUAUUCUACUGAGCACUCUCUUUUGUGCAAUUUUUCUUCAUCGUCAUCAUCUGCUGAUGACGAAGAAUCAGAUACUGAAAUCGGUAGUGAUGAUACUAGUCAGGACAUUGAUAGCGAUGCAGAAUAUAGUACAGAAAAUAGUGAAGAAGAAGAUAAUCAAGAAACAAAAGAAAAUGAAGAGGUUGAACUAAGUAAAACUCCGGAAGAAAAAGAAUUUUCAAUGGAAGUUCCUGUAAUUGAUUUGAAGUCCAUUAAUAAAGUUUCGGCAGAUGAAACAUCAGAAUCUGAUCUAUCACAAAAUGAAAGUGACACUGAAGAAGGCUCUGGAGAUGAAUCUGGUACUGAAAUAGAUUCUGACUCAGAGUCUGAUUCUGCUCCUCUACCUCCACAACAGAUACCUACUAUAGUAAUAUAUGAAUCACCUCCUCAAAAUACUGAUUUGGAUCAAGAAUGGAAUGUAAAUAACGAUGCAAAUAAGGCCAACAAUGUUGACAGUAAAACCACCGCUGAUAUUGAUGAUUCAGUAGUUAUUGUAUCUGAUAUUUCUACAGCUGAUAUAAAAGAAGAUAGUCCCAGUUGCUUUGCUUCAUCUGUAAACAGUCCGGUUGAAGUGGAUACAAAUGCUGAAAUCCUGAAUGUUGAUGGUAAGUUUGUAGAGCUUAGUGACAAGAAAGUAGAUAAUAAUUUUUCUAAAUCUGAAACUGUUUCAUCUAAACCUGAAUGUAUGGACACAUUACCUAAACUUGCAGCUCCUCUUGCUACUGAAGAGAGCUCCCCUGAUAUUAGUGUUGCAUCAGAUGUAAAUUCGGUUGCAAAAGAUAUUGUUGCUGAUAUAUUGAAAUCAGCUCAAGAAUCCAUUUUAGAUCCCAGCGACGACUUUGUAGAAAAGCAUACAAGUUGUGAGAAUUUAGCUGAUGAAAUUCAUAGCAAAGUACUUACAUCUACUCCAUUUACUAAAGUAAAUAAAACAGGCUUGCAUGAUUCUACAUUUCCACCUGUUGAGAAUUCUGCUGAUAAACUUUCCAAUAAAAUAGAAAUAAUUGAUUUAUGCACACCAUCUCCAAAAUGUGCUGAAGCUAAUCGAAAUGAAGUCCGCGACUGCUUUGAAGAUUGCAAAGACUUAAGUGUAAUUUGUAAUUCUGUUGAGGCUGUGCCAGAGGUUUUAGAAAUUGCAAAUAGCAGUGCUGAUGUCAACAGUGAAGAAUCAGUUUUGAAUGAAUUCCUGGAUGAUUCAGAUGAUCAUACAAAACAGAAAUCUUUUAUAACAAUUAGAAAACAUAAUCAAUCUAAAGGAAAUAGUACAUAUGACUGGGAUAGUGAUAAAAGUAUCUCAUUUCCUGCGUGUUAUGAAGAAGAGGAAAGUUGUUUAGUUCUAAAUGAUUCUGAAUCUAAUGAAUUACAUUCAAAUUUGAAACAAAGUCUGUCAGAUGUGGAUGAAAACACUGAAAGCAAAUUCAAUCAAAACAAUACUGUACUGAUUUCUGAUUCGCCAGUUGCUCUCGAUUAUACUAUUGAUGAAGAACUACCUAAGCAAUCUAAAAAUAUUGAAACAUGCUUAUCACAAAGUUUGCCCAGCAGCUCAGAUUUUUUCAAAUUUAAUGAUACUUUACCAAAAUCAAUAUCAUGCUCAUCAGCUAAGCUUAAGGAAACAGUGCCAAAAGCAUCAACUAUUCUUCCUGAUGCACAAAACUGUCCAGAUUCUGAAUCUAAAUCAAGCAGCUUUGAGCUGAUCAAUAGGACUAAAGAUCUAAUAGAAAACCGUAUGGUGUCCUCUUGUCCGAAUCCAUUAUUAGAUAGUCCGAAAUCCACUUCACCAAGUCCUAAUAUUAAAUAUAAAGGUUAUGGUGGAGGAUUUGCUGAAAAAAUUAGACCAAAAAGUUUAUUUUGUGAUUCCAUUUAUCUUCGUUCUUUAGAUAUUAAUCUUCAAAAGCAACCAUUUUCAUCACUAAAUAAAAGUGAUGAUAGUUUAGAUGAAAAUGAUAAAAUUUCAAAUGAAAACUGUGUGAAACAGAAAAGUUUUGAUGAUUUAAAGUCUGAUGAAGUUGAUAAGGACAAUGAUGUUUUUCUUCCUGACCAAAUCGCAACAAGUAAUCCUCCUACCAGUAAUUUGAAAAGCAAUAUGUCUGUUGGUAGUACUGGAAAGCUAAAUUCUAGCAGUAAACCAAAAUCUGGCCACCAUAAGCAUCCCUCUGUAUCAUUCUCUUCUGAAUCUCGUGGAGAUAUUGUUUCUCCUUAUACAUGUUCCCUGGUUGAAUCUUCAGAGCCCAUGAACUUCCCAACAAAAAUUAAACCAAAAUGUGAUAUGGAUAUUUCUAAAUUGAGACAGAAACGGGAAAAACGGAAAAGUGUUCAUGAAGAUUUGCAAGGUUUACCCUUUGCUGAUGAGGAGAAAAUGAUGUCUCCUGUCGAACCGGUUACUUCUAUGGAAGGUUUUUCAACUCCUAAAAUGGAUUCUAAAAGUGAUGACUUUUCGUCAGAUUCAACGACGGCUUCAGCGUACAAAACCCCAGAUCUUGUUGAUGAAGAUAGAUAUUUAAGAAUGCAGAGUACUGCUGAACAAGAAAGAGCUCGACAAGAAGCUAGAGCACGUGCCCGUCUAAAAAGCGAUGAAGAACUUGGACUCAGUCCAAAUAAUUACAGAAAAAAGUAUCGUCGCCAACUUUCUUUAAAUUCUAUAAACUAUGAUGAGCUUUGCAGUGAUGAGUUUUGUGAUCAAGAUGACGAUCUCGAAGAUGAGAUGAUAAACAAUUUUUGUCAAACGAACAACAAUACAUUAGAAGAAACUUUUAGCAUGUUUAAAAACUCAAAUCUCUUCAUGAAAGGGAAAAGUACAGAUGCUCCCAUUGUAUCUAGUCAGCCAAAUAAUCAAUGUAAAACAACAAAUCGCUCAUUAUCCACUGGCGAUGAGUAUUCUGUUUCAACAGAUUCCCUUGAUUCUAAAAAUAGCCAAGAGCAAAUUCAGCCUGCCAAAGUUGGUCAUACAAAACAUUCCAGUAUUGCUAGUUUGUCUGAAACUAGUCCAGAUAGUAAUAUUUGCGAAUCCCCCAUUAUUCCCAAAAUGCAAGCUAAAACUAAAAGCAAGCGAUCUCUCACAGAAGGGUUAAAUGAGGAUGACAAAACCAAAAGCAAUGGAAAAAAAUCUAUUUUUUCUAUUUUGAAUUUCAGCAAAAGUAAUGUAUCUAAAGAAAAAGUCAAGCAGAAAGCUAAAAGCUCUGAGAAAGAUUUAUCCACUUCUCUUCCAAAUGAUAUUGGAACUGCCAACAAGUCAAAGCCAUUCUCUCACCUAAAGCUAGCCAAGGCUAAAGAAAAAGGUAAUAAGCCUAAGGCCAAAUCAGUGCCACCAGAAAGCGUUACACCUGUAGAAACUUCUCCUCCUCAAGAAGAUAUUUUUAAUGUUCCUCAUUCUACUCAGCAAGCCAUAAUCAUUCCUAAAUAUACUGUGUACAGAAAUCUAGAGACAAACAUUUCUUCAUUUCCUGUUCAUUUGCCUAUUCCAAAAUUGGAAAAUGGACUCGCUCCCAAAGCUUCUGAAGACAGUUUUAGUGAAGAAGAAGAUACUCAGGGUAGCAAAGUUGGUCACAUUCCAAAUAGUGAUAAAAACGAUUCAAGACUGAAUGAAAAAGAAAAGAAAGCUCAGCGAAUCGUACAAAAAGUUCAAAGGCAGCAAGUACUAAAGCGAUUGCGCAAUGCUCAAGAGAUACAGCGCAGGUUGGAAGAACUAGAAAUUAAACAAAAAGAACUUGAGCAGAGGGGUGUUGAACUUGAAAAGAUUCUUAGAGGGGAGGAAAAUGUUUUUGCAAAGUGCAAAUGCUGUUUAAAUUUUGCAGGUGUUCGAGACGGUAAAGAAGAAGCCGAGCUUGAGUGGUAUACUUUGGUCCACACUAAAAAUAGAUUGACCAGAGAAGUUCAAGAACUUUUAAUUCGGUUGAAGGAUCUAGAAUUAGAAGAUCGCCAUUGUCGACUUCAACAAGAGAUUACUGAAAGAAUGGCUCAGGGCUCUCACAAAAAUGCAACACAGUUGAUCGAGGAAAGAAAAAUUUUAGACGAAAUGCUCAAAAUAGUAGAUAAACGAAAUGAGCUUGUUACUGUUUUAGAACAACUAAGAUUACGGGAGGAAGAAGAUGAAAAAAAUAUCAACUCUGAGGUUUUUAUGAAAGGAACAAAAUCUCCUUUGUCACCUAGUAAAAGCUGAACAAAUUUUGUACAAACUUAAGAUUGUAUAAACAAAAAAAAAUGCUUGAUAUGCUUUGUUAUGUAACACUUUGGAACUAAGAAUUGAGCCUUCAUGUGUUUAUUAAGAAAAAGCAAAUAGUGCAUAAAUUUUUGCUUUGGCAGCUCUGGAUUCAGCUCAGAUGAAAUUACAUUUAAAAAAAUGCAGUGCUUUAUUCUCAUUUACAAAAAAUUAUGCUUCAUGAAGCUGUGUAACAUUUCAUCAGAUUUAUAUUUUGUCUUCAUCAAAUUAUAUAAUGUUGUGUGCUAUAGAUUAAAUGUGUUGUACAAGACUUAGUAGAUGAACAAUAUAUAUAUAAUUAAAAUAUGAAUGCUAAUUUAUAAUUGUUAAAUUUGACUCUUUAUUCUUUUAACUGUUAAUUUUUUGUGCUUACACAAAGCACGGACUAUUAGAAACAUUUGUACCCAUGUUUCGCUCUAUAGUUGAAUUUCUAAAUUAAUGAAAAGUUUGUAUAUGAAUGAUGUUCUACAAAGAAUUUUUAAAGCAAACGCUAUAUCUAUUCAUAUUAAAAUCAGCACCCUAUUCAAAUUAAAGUCAAAAUUAAGAAAUUAUUUUUCACUAUUGGAUAAAGAAUUCAUUGAACUAAGUUUCAUGGACAUAAAAGAAAUAUAAGUUUUUAUUUCUGGUUUGAAAUUCUUCAAUUUUCUAAAGCAUCAGUGAAAUUCUGCCAUGUAUUUUAAAAAUUUAUUUCAAACCAACAUAAUAUAUGGACUUUUUAUGCAUUUAUAAAAUACUGUUAAAAUAUUUUCCUUAAUUUGCUCUUUAUAAACUGUAAUCAAAAUGUUAAUGAAUCUUUCUGUUAAGAAUAGCAAAAACAUAUUUCUAAAAACUCUUCAAACACUGAUACAUAUUUUCGCUACAAUUAUUGAUACUACUUAAUUUUUUAUGUAUUGAAAAUUUACUAGCUCAAUUUUCUUGUUAUUAGCACUAAUUGAAUUUUUUCCCUCUUGCAUCCAAUAAUCUCAUUUUCUCAAUAUCAGUCUUAAAAUCAUUUAAGGUAUUUUUUUUUAUUGUUACCCAUUAAAAAUACUUAAACACUAAAAAAAUUUUACAUUUUAAGACAUAUACCAAGAUAAUUUUAUUCAUUAUCUAUUAAUGAUGGAUAAUAAUCUGCAUUUAUCUUGAUGCAAAAAUCUCCUUGCAUUUAUUUAACUUACAACAGCUUUAUGACUAAUUGUUUUAUAAAAAUGAACUGAUGCCUUGGAGUUUGUGAUAUGUAUAUCCUGUAAAUUAUCGUAGUUUUUAAAUAAGUUUGCUUCCAUUUUGUUUUACUUUUUUUUUUACCUUGUGUGCUUUAAUUUCAAUAAGUUUUUCUGUUAUUUAUCUUGGCGUUUAUAGCCAGAAAUGUGUGAUAAUGGAGAAAUAAAUUAUCUUUUAAUUAUA